AUCUCAAAUCUUCAAUCUUAUAAAAAGAAAAAGAAACCCAAAGAUCAAAUUUUUAAAAACAAGAGAAUUGAGAUGUGUUAAUGAUACUAAUUAUAGUAAUUUGUUCCAACCAAAUUGAAUAGAGGAGAUUCUACAAAAUCCAUAGUUCCUAAUGAAAUGGUUGGUUUGUUAUUAGAAAUAGAGAAAGAAAAACAUAAAUUUGAGAAAAAAAGAGACUUUUAUAAGAAAGGUGUAAGAAAAAAGGUUGGAUUUUUGGGAGAAAAUGAAGUACCGUUACGCGAUGGUGUGUUCGUCGAACCAGAAUCGAAGCAUGGAGGCUCACGCCCUCCUCAAAAGGCAAGGCUUCGACGUCUGUUCUUACGGUACCGGUGCCCAUGUCAAGCUCCCGGGUCCUUCCCUCCGAGAACCCAAUGUCUACGAUUUCGGAACUCCAUACAAGCAGAUGUACGACGAUCUUCGCCGCAAAGAUCCCGAAUUGUAUAAGCGUAAUGGGAUUUUGCCAAUGCUUAAGAGAAACGCAGGUGUCAAAACGGCACCCCAGAGAUGGCAGAACAACGCUGCUGAUGGCUGCUUUGAUGUCGUUUUCUCCUUUGAGGAAAAGGUUUUUGAUAUGGUCAUUGAAGAUCUUAACACUCGAGAACACGUUAAAAUGAAAGCCGUGUUGGUAAUCAACUUAGAGGUCAAAGACAACCACGAGGAGGCAGCCGUAGGAGCUAGGCUUGCUAUGGAACUAUGUCAACAGUGAUUAGAGAGAGAGAGAGGACAUAACACGUGGCGGUAGGUGAUUGGACCGUGAGAUGAGUUUGACUGACACGUGUGAAGAAGAGGCCGGACAUCAAGGCUUUGAAUGUGUUUGGGAGUAAAGUCUUUGUUUGGGCUAUUAUUCUUUGACAUAUAUCUCUUUCUUGCUCAUCCAGCUCAUCAAUCUAAGUUCCAACCCCCCUUUUAUUUAAUUCUUUUUAAUAAAUAAUAUAUAAUUUAAUUGCAAUUUUACAUUUAAAUUUUUUUAAUCAUAAUAAUAAUAGUAAUGGGAUGAUAUAUCUCUUUCGCAUUUGAGUUUUAUUAGUGUAGUACAAUGAGAAUGGCAUAGCCAUAAUAAUAACGAUUAUAUUAAGUAUAGUAAUGGGAAUGGGAUAAUAUUAUAAUCUUUUGUUUUAGAAGGUAAUGUGAAUGAGUAAUGAGUAGUUUAAUGAUUAUUUUAUUUUAUAUAAAUAAUGUAAUUUUUUUGUUAAUUUUUUAAGAAUAAAUAGAAUUUAUCUACCGAAUUAUGAUUUUUGUA